UUAACUUAUAGAUCUACAGUGGAGCUAAUAAAUUCGAGAAAAUAAGCUGAAAUAAAAUAAAAUAUGCUCUAUUACAAUUCCAAUAUUAUUUAUAUACUAUGUACAACAUUAUGCAUGCAGAGGGAAAUAUAACUUAUAGAUCUGUCGGGAUCGAAAGAUGUGAUAGGUCAAGGUAAGUGAGAAAACGACUGUGGCUAUUACUUGUAUAGGAAAUAAUAAAAAAUCUGCUCUCUUUUCGUUUAUUAGAGUGAAGCUACAGGAUAUGGCCUGUUCAAAGGAAACAAUUAUCACUUAACCUUUAUCAUCUCUACUAUCUUUCAGUAAAGUUUAUCUUCUACAACUGGUAUAAGUCGGCGUAAAACUAAAGAAAACUUAACAGCACCAAAACAAAAGCUAUUGUUCCAUCAUAAGAAGCUGCAUUUUUCAGUUGCAACACAGCCCCAGUACAUAGAAAAGUCCUCACAUUCAACGGCGUGAUGGAAAAUUCAACCGAAACUGGAAAAACAGCAAUGACUGCACUGCAAUUGACAGAGUAUACAUUCUUUGCUGUUAUAUUUAUCUUCGCUGUGACCGGAAAUAUCCUCGUCUGCCUCGUAAUUGCACAGACACCUCGCAUGCGUACUACUCGAAACUUUCUACUGGUAAACUUGGCAAUGUCAGACCUAAUGGUGGCGUUAUUUUGCAUCCCGUUUGAUGUCACGCUAAAAGUAACUUUUCCUGUUUGGCCUCUUGGUGAAGCUAUGUGUAAAGUUGUGUGGCCUGCUAUGACACUGUUCACAAACUGCUCAGCGGCAACUCUUGCAGCAAUAAGUUAUGAUAGGUAUCGAGCCGUAAUAUACCCCUGGAAACCUCGCUUCACUGCAGUUCAAACAUCCAUAAUAAUAAGCUCCACAUGGUUAAUGUCUUUGCUUCUCGUUUUACCCUACAUUUUGGCGCUAAAGAUGGUGAAAGGUAAAUGCGAGGAAGACUGGCCAGUGCCUUUUGCUGUAAAACUGUAUACAAUGGGCUUGUUUGUGUUCCAGUAUGCACUUCCACUCUUGAUUAUAGGCUUCGCGUAUUCCAUGGUGGCGCUGAAGCUACAUGAACAAGCAACCCUCCUGGCAAGAAAUCGUAAAGCGAGUGGCAUAUCUGUGAGUGCAUAUAAAAACGCUAAGAAUGCCGGGUCCAUGGAGCCUGCUGCAGAAAGCGAGUUACCCUCAAACGAUCCCUCCUUUGCUCAGAUGUCGAUCACGAAUAGCAAAACAAACUCCACAACAACUAAACCUUCAAACACGCGGCAAGAGGAGAAGCGGCUGAGGCGAACAACGAAGAUUGUCAAGAUGUUGGUUGUAGUCGUGCUUCUCUACGCCAUAUGCCUUCUGCCCAAUCAAGUCGUGUGGCUUUGGUAUGAGUUUGGGUCAGGUGCCAAUUGGCCCCAUUUAAGUACAUUUCUUACUUUCGGAAGUCUUAUGGUUUAUGUUAAUAGCUGUGUAAACCCACUUCUCUAUGCUGGUAUGAACGACGAAUUCAGGAAAGGUUUUGCUAAGAUUCUCAAAUGUCGAUGCAAAAAUGAUCGUUCGUGUUAGUUGCACUCAUUUCAUUAUAUUUUAGGGAAAGGAAACCACAUAGGUGUAUUUAACCACUCACGACUCCUUAGAGUAAUUUAGGGAUGAAGAAAACUCCCGAUCUACUGAGCAACAUGUACGGCUCAGGGAAUUAGGAGAACUAAAAUAAUAAUUUUUUUAGGAUGUCGAGACGAAAGUUGGAGGGGAAAUUACACUCGGAUUAAGCAGAGAAGCGAUGAGACUAAGCUCUCUAGCAAAUCAAAGACCGCAAAAAGUAGUCAACAAUACAGUAAAAGAUUGUCGUCUCCCUAAUCAAAAAAGUAAAGGAGGAUGGAAGUUGAUUUUUACAUUUUAAACGGAUUCAGGAAACGUCGAACAAAUAAUCUGAUACAACGUGAGCAACAAUUGAGAUUCCAUUAUGGCUAGAUCUGUUUGUCUUCCAUCGCUUUGAGGGUUCUCUACUAACCUUUUGAGUGCAGGUGGCUAUUAAAAACUAUAACUGAACAAUGACUGCUACUCAAUUGCUAUCAUUAUCGGAAGCUAUUGAAUAUAGCUGUUGACCGAUGCUUGAAUAGUUACUAGGAACUCUGAUUGCCAUAAAGUAAUCCUUUGGUGUUGAGGUCUGUACAGUAGUUACAUGGGAAAAAUAUUCGCAAUCACAUAACACCAAAUUUAUAAAGGCGAACUCUUG